GCAUCCUCUGCACUCGGUUCCUCUGUAACUUACACUCCAGUGUGCCGCGCAGUGUGCGCAAAUUCACAAACCCGCCCGCUGAGUUGGUGGUUUCGGAAUCCCGAGACUUGAAACCCAGCGGGAAGACCCUUCUCACCGUCAAAAGAAGAUGACAGCCCGCAGAGAGUUAACUUCUGUUUACAUGGAACUCAGACAUCUUCUGCAAAUCAUGAUUUCAAGGCCAGAGAAUGGCAGGGGAACAGAAACCCUCAAGUAACCUCCUGGAGCAGUUUAUUUUAUUAGCCAAAGGUACCAGUGGCUCAGCCCUCACUGCUCUCAUAAGCCAGGUCUUAGAGGCUCCUGGAGUGUAUGUCUUUGGAGAACUUCUGGAGCUGGCCAACGUGCAGGAGCUUGCGGAAGGAGCUAAUGCUGCUUAUUUGCAGUUGUUGAACCUGUUUGCCUAUGGGACAUACCCAGAUUACAUAGCCAACAAGAAGAGCCUGCCAGAACUGAGCACAGCUCAGCAGAACAAGCUGAAGCAUCUUACCAUCGUGAGCUUGGCAUCAAGAAUGAAGUGUAUCCCCUACUCCGUGUUGCUGAAAGACCUGGAAAUGCGGAAUCUUCGGGAACUAGAAGAUCUCAUCAUUGAGGCUGUCUACACUGACAUCAUCCAGGGCAAGCUGGACCAGCGAAACCAGCUGCUGGAAGUGGAUUUCUGCAUUGGCCGUGACAUCCGAAAGAAGGAUAUCAAUAAUAUUGUCAAGACCCUGCAUGAAUGGUGUGAUGGCUGUGAAGCAGUUCUGCUGGGCAUCGAGCAGCAAGUUCUGAGAGCCAACCAGUACAAAGAGAACCAUAACCGAACUCAGCAGCAGGUAGAAGCAGAGAUUGCUUGUUUUCAGAGGGAAAAACGUGAAGUCCCCCUCCUGAAUCUUAUAACAACAGCUUUCUUCUGGUUACCAACAUCAAGAAGACACUCAAAGCCACCGCAUCCUCCUCGGCUCAGGAGAUGGAGCAGCAGCUGGCUGAACGGGAGUGUCCGCCUCACGCUGAGCAGAGGCAGCCCACCAAGAAGAUGUCCAAAGUGAAAGGUCUGGUCUCCAGCCGCCACUAGGGCCGGCUGGGGCAGCUGGCACUCACCAGGCCUGGGUCAGGUGGGGAGGGGACACCAAGGGCCCAUUUCCUCCCCUCUCUACCUACAGUGAGUUCCAGACCUGCCCGUCCCCUCACCAGCGCCACCCCACCCUGUUGGUACUGUUCCAGAAAAACUGUUAACUCCCCCUCACCCACUCCCUCCUUCCCCAGUUGUUCCCUUCAGACUCAGGGGCUCCACCGAUGCCAUCCCAACAGGGUCAGACACUGCCCAGCUUCCCUCCAGGAGGUUCUUGUCUCUGUGUAAGGGCUUGUGUCCCUCCCAGUUUUUCUUUUGCUCCAUGUCAUUUUGUCAGGCUGGUUAUAAGCUGGAGGCAGCUUUAACCAGCCCCCAGGGAUGAUUGUGAAGGAGGCCCCUCCCCUUGUGAGGAGGGGGCGCUCCUCUCCAGCCCCUCGUACCACAGUCCUCACGAUGGUGCAGCGAUCUCUAGCCAGGCGUCAAGAUGCGCUGCUUUCCGUCUCUUGCCUCAUCCCUUUUUGGCAGCUCCAGUUCAGGCCGUGGAGGGACGUGAUGCUGGGCUAUGUUUACUAAACCCACGGGUUUUCAGCCUCUUAAGCCCAGCUCCGAUCUCCAAUUAGUUGGGAGCGCUGGGUUGACUAACCUCUGGUAUCUGAGCACAGACAGAGGGUGCUGUGGGUCUGCUGGGUGGCAGAAAUGGUUCCUUCCAGCGUGGCGUUCUCUUCUGGCCGCUCCUCCUGCUGCCUCUGACUACUCAGCCUUGUUUUCGGUGUGUAGGCCCCAGCUGCCCACUGGAACUGCUGGCUAAUGCUUGCUUUCCCGAGAUCUUUAACUCCUCCUGGCUGCACCUGGGUAGGGAUGGUGGCACCGAUGCCCCUCUGUCUGCUGAAGGACCUGUUGCUGCUUCUGUCUUUUCACCCCUCCUUGGCUGAUGACCCAGAGCCCUCUGAUGAUGGCAUUCUCCUGGCAAGAGAAAAGGACUUAACUAGACUUCUGAACUUGAACAGUUUCAGGUUAUAUUUUAAUUUUUUUUUUGUACAGGUUCUGAUUCUAAUACAUUUCAACAUGGUUUUGUCCCUCCUCGUGUCAAUAUUUGUUAUAGACUAAUCGCCGGGGAUUUUUCACAUGGUUGGAGGGUGGCGCGUGCGUGCGUGUGUGUGUGUGUGUGUGUGUGUGUGUGUGUGUGUGUGUGUAAGGGGAGGUGGAGAUCCUGGACUGAAAUUAAAGUUCAUUGAGGAAAAAGCACAUUUUACAACAAACAAAUAAAGUGUAGAUUUAAUGUAUGUGACUGGGGUUUGGGGUGCAUAAGAUCUUGAAGGGCUGGGAUUAGGGUGGUUCAGGAAAAUGUGAUACUGUUUCCCCAUGUUUAGCCAUGGUCAAACAAUGGAUUUCUCCUUUUUCUAAAAUGUCCAGCAACUGCCUACUGUUGAUCAAAUGUUGAAGUAUUCUUGUUUCCUUUUUAAGCCAAUCCAUGUGCCCAUAUAACAUUAUGCCCAAGUGGAGAGUUCACUUUAAUUUCCAAAAUAUGUUUCAUGAAACCUCCUGUCAGAUACUCUGUGGAAAAGGGGUUCUGUUAUGAAAUAAAUGUGGCACUUCCUGCA